CCACUGAGUCAACAGGCACCUCUGCUCUAUCACUCACUCGCAGACUCUUUUCUUGUGUGUGCUCGGCUGGCCAAGCCGAGCAAGUCACCGGCGGCACAAUCUCCUGAUCUCCAAGCCACGCCAAUGGAGGUUGCUAGGGGGUACCGGGGGAUACCGGCGUUCGGGGAAUGGAACUACGGCGACGGCGACGGCGACGACUGGUCCGUGCUCGCCCAGCGCUUGGAGUCUGCGAUGCACGCCCAGUUCCCCGUACACAAACCCUGCAAGAGAGCGAGGGCAGGUCGCAGAAGGCGCGUCCCUGCGUUCGGCGAGUGGAACAACCACGGCGUUGGCGACGGCGACGCCGGUGGAUGGACGGCGGCCGUCGUCAACCAGUGUUUCGAGCCUGUCAUGGCUCACAAAUCACUCAAGCAUGAAUUCAAUGGUUACGACAGUGGCGGCGUCGCCAUGGGGAUGCAUUACAAGGUGGCGAGGCAAACCUGGGUCCAUGACUCUGCCCCCCACUCGGCAAUGGAACCCUUCUCCUUCGCGGCAGCCAAGGCUGUUGACGAUGAUCUCUACGAUGUCCCACCGGACAUGCCCUGCGCCAAGCCACUACGGAAGGGUUGGACGUGGAUGAGGAGCCUGCUAAUGAGGUGUUGUGGCCUCAACUGUUUCGCCUAAUGAAUACCGCCUAAGGGUCAUAUUGAUACAUUUUUUGAUGAAUCGAUGGAUGAAUUGCAUGAUGUGGUUCCCCGUCGUUGAGAAUGUAACUAUGUAAGAUGGUAGUGGUGGGUUGAUGACUUAUAUAUAGGUUAUGUAUUUUCAUUUAUUCUUUCAUGUAUGAGCAAAACUCCCAAGUUGAUCAAUUUGAUUUAUAAAGAUUUAUUGUACUAGUGUAUGCCA